GCCUGGGUGCUGCGCUGUGGGGGGCACAGGAGGAGCCUGGCACCCACCUUCAGGGACCCCUUGCCUGGGGCGAACCUGAGAAUCUCAGUCUCAUCUGGCGUGGCCUGGUGCCCAGCCAGGUAUAAUGGGGGGUGUAGGGGAGACAGCACUGCAUACUCUGGGGCUGAGCUCGGGAGGUUAGUAUGACUGGAAUAAUCAAGGGAGGCCUCCCUGGAGGGCCCAGGGGCACCAAGGCAGAAACAUUCAGAAAGGCUCCUGGGGGAGGUGGGGAGUUGCUGGAGCCAUCCUUGAGAUAAGGAGCAGAAAGGUGGGUGGAAAUUCCAGGUAGCAGGGACCCCCUACAGCAUACAUUUUUCAAGUCCACUGGGGGCUUUCAUAUCCACUGGGUGCUUAGCCAGGUAAUUCGGGCUCUGCAACCCCACCUGUGUAAGGGGGACACCAGCCACGGCACCAGCCCAUAGAGUAACGGUUAAUUGCAGCUGUGCCAACAACGAGCUCGGCACGGCGCAUGUCGGCGCUGAUAGUGUUCUGUUACCCUGAACUUUGUCUUUAUUGUUUUCGUCGUCAUUGUCACGCCCCAGGGCCCCUGGGGGCUGCACUGGGCUGGGACGGUUAUGACCACUUCCCAGUUGAGGACACGGAGGUGGCGGGAGCAGAGAAAGUACUUCUCCGGGGUCACAGCUGGCCCCUGAGCUGCCUCCACUGCAGUCCCCUCCUCAGCCGAUUCGGUGCCCCUCAAGCCUGAUGCCCCUCCUCCUCCUUCAACCCCGCGGCGCUUCCCUUGCACCCGGGUGGGCCCCCGGGUCUAGGUUGGCCCAUUUGUCCUGCCUCUUCGGCCCCGCCCCAGGCCCCUUCUUGGGCCGAGUGCGCACUUCUUCCUGGAGAUAGAAGGGUUCGAGCCCAACCCCACUGUUACCAACACCUCUCCCCUCAUCUUCUCCAAGCCCAUGGAUUCCAACAUCCGGCAGUGCCUCCCAGGCAGCUGUGAUGACAUGGACUCCCCACAAUCUCCUCAGGAUGACGGGAGAGAGACCCCAUUUAAUCACAGCUGUCACAGUGCAAACCUGGCCAAGCAAGAGCAGAGGCACAGAAAGAAGUGGCUGAAGAAACGCAUCUUUGUGGCUGUGUCGGAGGGCUGCGUGGAACAACUGAUGGAGCUGCUGCUGGAGCUGCAGGAGCUUUGUGAGCAGUGCCACGGCCUGGAUGUGCCUGACUUCCUCAUGCGCAAGCUGACGGCCUUGGACACGGGGAAGACCUGCCUGAUGAAGGCCUUGUUAAACAUCAACCCCAACACCAAGGAGAUCGUGCGGAUCCUGCUUGCCUUCGCUGAGGAAAACGACAUCCUAGACAGGUUCAUCAACGCCAAGUACACGGAGGAGGCCUACGAAGGGCAGACGGCGCUGAACAUCGCCAUCGAGCGGCGGCAGGGAGACAUCACCGCGGUGCUCAUCGAGGCCGGCGCCGACGUCAACGCCCACGCCAAGGGCGUCUUCUUCAACCCCAAGUACCAGCACGAAGGCUUCUACUUUGGCGAGACACCCCUGGCCCUGGCAGCCUGCACCAACCAGCCCGAGAUUGUGCAGCUGCUGAUGGACAACAAGCAGACAGACAUCACCUCGCAGGACUCACGGGGAAACAACAUCCUCCAUGCUCUGGUGACGGUGGCUGAGGACUUCAAGACGCAGAAUGACUUCGUCAAUCACAUGUACGACAUGAUCCUGCUGAGGAGUGGCAACCGGGAGCUGGAGACCAUGUGCAACAAUAACGGCCUCACGCCGCUGCAGCUGGCCGCCAAGAUGGGCAAGGCCGAGAUCCUGAAGUACAUCCUCAGCCGUGAGAUCAAGGAGAAGCGGCUCCGGAGCCUGUCCAGGAAGUUCACCGACUGGGCCUACGGGCCGGUUUCAUCCUCGCUCUAUGACCUCACCAACGUGGACACCAUGACCGACAACUCGGUGCUGAAAAUCAUCGUCUACAACACCAACAUCGAUAACCGGCACGAGAUGCUGACCCUGGAGCCCCUGCACACGCUGCUGCAUAUGAAGUGGAAGAAGUUUGCCCGGUACAUGUUCUUCCUGUCCUUCUGCUCCUAUUUCUUCUACAACAUCACCCUGACCUUCAUCUCUUACUACCUCCCCCGGGAGGAGGAGACCCGGACAAACCCCUUGGCCGUCACAUACAAGAUGGGGUGGCUGCAGCUCUUAGGAAGGAUGUUUGUGCUCAUCUGGGCCACGUGCAUUUCUGUGAAAGAGGGCAUCGCGAUCUUCCUGCUGAGACCAUCAGACCUGCAGUCCAUACUCUCGGAUGCCUGGUUUCACUUUGCCUUUUUUGUCCAAGCUGUGCUUGUGAUACUGUCUGUCUUCUUGUACUUGUUUGGCUACAAAGAGUACCUCGCCUGCCUCGUGCUGGCCAUGGCCCUGGGCUGGGCGAACAUGCUCUACUACACGCGGGGGUUCCAGUCCAUGGGCAUGUACAGCGUCAUGAUCCAGAAGGUCAUUUUGCAUGAUGUUCUGAAGUUCUUGUUUGUAUAUAUCGUGUUCUUACUUGGAUUUGGAGUAGCCCUGGCCUCGCUGAUCGAGAAGCGUUCCAAGGUCAGUGAGAACUGCAGCUCCUAUGGCGGCUUCAACGACAUGGUGCUGGAACUCUUCAAGCUCACCAUAGGCCUGGGUGACCUGAAAAUCCAGCAGAACUCCAAGUACCCCAUCCUCUUCCUGUUCCUGCUCAUCACCUAUGUCACCCUCACCUUUGUCCUCCUCCUCAAUAUGCUCAUUGCCCUGAUGGGGGAGACUGUGGAGAACGUCUCCAAGGAGAGUGAGCGCAUCUGGCACCUACAGAGAGCCAGGACGAUCUUGGAGUUCGAGAAAAUGUUACCAGAGUGGCUGAGGAGCAGAUUCCAGAUGGGAGAGCUGUGUAAAGUGGCAGAGCAAGAUUUCCGACUGUGUUUGCGGAUCAACGAGGUGAAGUGGACUGAAUGGAAAACUCACGUCUCUUUCCUCAACGAAGAUCCGGGGCCCGGGAGACGGACAGCAGAUUUCAACAAAAUCCAAGAUUCUUCCAGGAGCGACAGCAAAACUACCCUCAAUGCAUUUGACGAAAUAGAUGAAUACCCGGAAACUUCAGUGUAGAAGCAGAACCCAGAGCUCGUGUGCAUGUGGGCCGUCUGAGGCUGGAGGCUGGGUCUUGGACUUGGUGCGGCGGGCUUUGCAGAAUGAUGGAGCCUGGCUCCACCUGCAGAGAUGAGGAAAGCACCCUCAUGCUGGACAGGUGACUGAACCGAGGGGCAGUUGUCAGUUUGAGUGGGAAACACCCUGGACUUUGUUAUUCGGCAAAGAGUUUCUAUAAACCCGCGGCCA